AUGGCGAUAAAUCCGCAAGCGCAGAGCAAUGCUCAGCCGGCCCCGUUGAGUGACAAUUCGGAGGAAUGGGACGAGGAGCGCCUCGAGGAAGCCCUUGCUCGCGUGAAGGAACUUCAUAUCAAGCUUCGAGAUUUGAGGAGCACGAUACCAAGGCUUAUCCAGCCGCUUGCAAGGAAACCAUAUCCGCCUCCGGACGUCCUGUUUUCUGCGUGUCAAGCAGCCAUGACGACGGCCCACAAGGAUGUGAGCGAAUUCAGGCAGCAGAUCACGUCGGAGGAGUCAAAGAAGGUGCUACAUUAUGCCGAGCAGAGCCGGAGUCGAGAUCCCAAGGGGAUCAAGCCCUGGAGAGCAAGCGACGACCCCGAAUGGGCAGUUCCUAAAAGCUGA